AUGCUGCCCGGGCGACAGGGUAGUGAGCGCGCAAACUUUGUGGUUGCUGUCCGCUGCCGACGCCUCGAUGCCCGCGAAGAGGUCGCCGCCUCGCCGCGGCUUGUCCGGCGCGGGAGUGGGCGACAGUCUUGCAUCCUUCUAAACUGCCCCGCCCCGCCUUCAACGGUCCCUGCGGCUACUGUUCGCCCAGUAGAAAGAGGGGAGUCGCAGGCGAGUGUGGUUCUUGUUGACCCGUAUGCCCGUGGGGAUGCCACCGCGCUGUGGCGGAGCUGUGCUGCCUCACCGGAGGGGUCAUCGCUGCAGCUGCAGCUGGACGUGGAAGGGCUGCGGCGUGCUCUGUCUGGCCAGGAUGGGGUGCGGUGCUUUAACUUUGACGCGGUGUUCCCACCUUCGGCUACUAAUGAAGAGAUUUACGCCGCUCUUGUCCAGCGACUAGUGAUUGACGCGGAAAAUGGCUACAACGGGACGGUCUUCGCGUACGGCCAGACAGGGACAGGGAAGAGCCACACCGUGUUUGGGGAGAAGGGCGAGGGUGUGCCUGGAUUAUGCACGCUUGUGGCGGCCGACCUUUUUGGUCAGCGCAGCCGACCCACGUGGCUUCCCGGCACCGGUGUUCCUGCAUGUGUAGUGCGAGGCCCUCCACAGCAAGAGAUGGUGCAAAGAAGCAUGAUAUUUGUUUCUUUCAUGGAAUUGUACAACGAGCGGUUGCGUGACCUUCUCGUUGACCCGGCCACAGUCGCGGCGGCAGAGAGUGUGCAGGGCUGGAUGAAGGGAAUGCGGUGCGGACGUCCUUCGUCCUGUCGUUAUGAUGACUUGGAGGUGGUGGAGCACCCACUGCAUGGGGUGCAGGUGCCGCAUGCAACGCGUGUUCGUGUGCAUUGCGUAGCGGAGCUGGAACAGCUGUUAGAAGAGGGCGGCGGCCGUCGCACCAAGGCAGCCACAGCUACUAACAAGGCAAGCUCACGCAGCCACGCCAUUGUGCAGUUUACAGUGAGGCGAUGCAUCGGUGACGUCCUGGAGGCGGCGGAUGCGGGUGGUGGGCGGCACGUCGAGGCAGACCGCAGGGAGGCCCAGGUGUUGUGUUCAUUUCUCACAGCAAAACUGUGGAUGGUGGACUUGGCCGGUAGCGAGCGAGUGUCGGGGUUCGCUAGCUUGACGGCCGCUGCCCCUGCAGGGAGAUCUGGCGCUCAUGGCAUCGGUGGCGUACCAUGCCAGUUGGAUGGCCGUCGUAGGGAGGGGGCAAACAUCAAUCGAAGCCUCCUUGCGCUGGGAAACUGCAUCAAGGCCCUCGGAACCGCCUGCCGCCAGCAACGGCGCAGGGGCGCCGUGUUUGGUGGUGACGCUGCCUCUUAUGCGUCUCAUUUACGGCGGCAGCAGACCGUUUUCACGCGAAGUAAAACUUCCCCGUGGGAGGUCCAUGUUCCAUACCGCGACAGCAAGCUGACGCGGUUGCUUAAGGAGUCCCUGGGCGGCAACACACGGACCGUCAUGUUGGCUACAGUCUCCCCAAGCUGCACCUGCUUUGAGGAGACGUUCUCGACGUUGAGGUACGCUGCGCGGGCGCGAAGCAUCACACGCCAGGUGCGCCAAAAUUUUGUCGUGGCUGCGGCGGACAGCGAGGACGAGGCGGAUGCGGAGGGGAAUGUGGAGGCAGUGCCGACGACAGCACACGGCGGUGAUUGUGGCGCGUCAUCCGACAGGGAUCGCGCGUGGGUGGCGGAGCGGCAGGCAAAUCACCGGCUGCGGCUGCUGGAACUUGAGGCGGAGGUGCGUUCGCUACGCACUCAGUUGCACGUGGCGGAGGCAGCGACGGAGAAGAUGGGUUUGCCGCGAUCCGGUGAUGACUUGACAGGCGUAUCGCCUGCCGUCUCCGCCACCGCAUCGACAGUGAGCUCCGACAGUGGCACCAGCGAAGGUAUAGAUGUGGAUCGUUGUUGGGCCAUUUACAACCAAACACGCCGUGAACUACAGGCCCUUCUGCAGGAGAGGGCGGCAGCGUCUGCGAGGCGGGAGGAUGUCGCAGGCGGGCCCCGGAUUUUGGGAAACAAGGAACCUAUCCGUGAACUGCUGCGGCAGGAACGGCAAAAUGCGCUGCUGCAGGAGCGCCAGCGCCGCAUAGAUGCCUUUCUGUUAUAG